AUGUCAAAAGCGUUACCCUCCAAACCCGCCCCGAGCCAGGACAAUAUCAUUGCGUUUGUCCACCGCUAUAAUGACUUGAUGCGCGUCCGAGAUUCCACAGAUAAACUCAUCGAGGAUAUUCUAUUAUACUGCCAGGGCCUCGAGCGUGCCCUAGAACAGGAGACGGGCCGCCUCCAAGGCGAGCUGCACAGCUGCCAGAUCGACCUCGCCGACGCAAAUGCCUCGCGCCGCGAGCUCGAGCAGAAGUUGUCACAUACCGAAUCCGAGAUGCUCUCUCUAUAUAAGGAAAAUGAUACAUACAAGACACGAAAUCCAUAUAUUGUAGUCCUGAUUGACGGAGAUGGCCUACUGUUUCAAGAUGCUUGGAUACGACAGGGCGUCGAGGGCGGCAAAAAGGCGGCCAAUGCCCUGCGCAGCUCCGUCGCCCGGCAGUGGACCGACAAGAGCAGAGACACGCAAAUUGUGGCCAAGGUGGUAGCUGACUGGGCCGGUCUCGCUCGCUCCUUCCGCGGCUACGACUUGCGCGACUUUGCCACCGGUUUCACCCAGGGCCACGUCGCCUUUGACUUUGUCGACAUCGGCAGCGGCAAGGAGCGGCGCGCCGAGCCCAAGAUACGCGACAACACCCGCUGGCACCUGCGAAACCAAAAUUGCCGGCAAAUCCUGCUCGGCGUCGCUCCGGAGGGCAGCUACUCUGGCUUCCUCGAGGACCUGUUCCGCACCGACCCCGCGGCCCGCGACCGCGUCAGCAUCAUCGAAGGCGGCGUCGCCCUCACCGCGGACCUGAAGGCGACCGGCGCCAAUACGACCCGUCUCGACAGGGACCUCUUUCGCGCCGACAAGCCCGUCGAGCGCAUCCCAGUCCACGCCGUCUCCGCUGCCGUCGGCCGCACCGCGAGUCCAUCCGGCAGCGUCACCUCCAGCGGCGGCGGUGCCAACUCGUCGACGUUUUCGUACGCCCAUGCCAUUACUAACGGUACGCCGCCGCCGACGAUGAGCAUCCCCCUCGCGCCCAACAAGCCCAGCCCACGGCCCCCCAGAACCAGCCCCCACGGCACCACCACCAACAUCCCCUCACCGUCGUCCCCGUCCUCGCCCCAGUACCAAAAGAUUCCGCCUCAGCAGCCUGACUGGAAUCCCGGCGCGCGCGGCCUCGACGAGCCCAUUAUCGUCAACGUUGCCGUCAUGGAUGCCGUCAAGAAACGCAAGGACACGGACAAGCUCUGUAAUAAUCAUUUCCUCCGCGGGCCCUGUGCCAAGGGCGACGGCUGCAACUUUGUGCACGUCUACAAGCCCAACGCCGAGGAGAUCAAUGCCAUUGCUGUCCUGGCGCGGCAAAAUCCGUGCACGCACGGUCAGGACUGCGAGAACUGGGAGUGCAUAUACGGACACCACUGCCCGAGUAUCAGAGAUGGCGUCUGCACGCAUCCCUAUUGUAAAUUCGACGAGGAUCAACAUCCUCCCGGAACGAAAUUCACCUUGGUCAAGUCUGGCCGAUGA